UGUACCUAUGUCGGUAGAUACAUAUAUAUUGUUUUACAUGUGUCACGUACGUCAGUCCGGAAUAAAUCCUCGAACAAGUACAGUGCCUAUUAUUGACGAAACCUAUCCGUAUUCCUAGUCCCUCGGGAUACAUUACAGUGGCGACAGGUAGUGAUAAUUUCGCGUGUGCAGUACAUUUAAAUAAAUUAAAAUGUCGAUCGGCAAGCUACACGAAUUUAACGUCAGCAAUGGCGCGUGGUCAUCGUACAUGGAUCGCGUGGAAAUGUACUACAAGGUCAACACAGUGCAAGACGACAUGAAAGUGCCGGUAUUAAUUGCAGCGAUGGGUGAUGAGGCAUAUGAGCUACUGGAGAACUUGGCCAGUCCUACAAAGCCAGCGGAGCUAACCUUAGAUAAAAUAAAAGAACUAAUGUCACAUCAUUUGCAGCCAACACCGUCGGUUUUAGCCGAAAGAUACCGGUUCCGGCAAAGGCGGCAAAAUGUCGGCGAAAAUGUAGCUACGUAUGUGGCGGAGUUAAAAAGGCUAUCCAAGCAUUGUAAAUUUGGCUCAGAGUUGAACGGUAACCUUAGGGAUCAGUUCAUUUGUGGCUUAAUCAGCGAUUUGAUUAGGCAGCGGCUUUUUGCGGAGGACGACAACAUAACCUUUGCAGCUGCAGUCAAACUUGCUACAUCAUUGGAGGCUGCAGAGAGGGACGCGGCGAUAGUGGAGCAAGGGAAGGUAACGGGUUCGAGCGGGACGGGAGAUAUGCAGGCCGUUAUGUUUGCGAGUCGGGCGAGAUCGGGCACAUUCAGCGGAGGACAAUCGCGGGCGCCUGUAGUUACGCAACAGCGGCGAAACGUAAAUUCCAAUGGCCGGCAAGAAAGGCACUGCGACGCCUGUGGCGCACGCAGUCAUAAUUACGCGAAUUGCAAGUUCCGGGAUUAUGUGUGCAGCAAGUGUCAGCGUACAGGUCACUUGCGGCGGGUGUGCCCGGACUGGGGCGCGGCUACGGGACCCGCGGGCCGUGGCGGAGCGCGGGCGUCCGGCCGGCGCGGAGGGGCAGCGACGGCGGCGCCGGCGCGGAGUGCCAUGCAUUUUGGGGUGGCCGAUCACGAACCAAGUGAGGAUUACGGCGGAGACAUCGAGGAAGAAUUACAUCACCUAUGUUUAAAUAACUAUCCGGCGAUAUGAGGCGUUGUUCAGCGACGGACUGGGCCGGUACAAGGGCGGCAAGGCGACCUUGAGGGUGCGGGAGGGCGCAGCACCGGUGUUCCAUCGCGCACGCCCGAUGCCCUAUGCGCUGCGCGAGCGCGUGGACGCCGAACUGGACGCCAUGCUGAGCGCCGGCGUCAUCGAGCCCGUCGACUGCUCGGACUGGGCAUCACCACUGGUACCUAUUAAUAAGCCGGACGGUUCGCUUAGAAUUUGUGCAGACUAUAAAACUACCUUAAAUCCGUAUUUAUUGGUCGAUCGGUAUCCUCUCCCUAAAAUAGAAGAUGUUCUUGUUAAUUUAAAUGGCAAUAUGUACUUUAGUAAAAUUGAUCUUUCACAAGCGUACAACCAAGUUGAAUUGGACGACUCGAAACGUUACACGGUUAUAAACACCCAUCGAGGGUUGUUUCAGUACAAUAGACUAGUGUACGGCUUAUCAUCUAGUGUAGGGAUAUUUCAGCGUAUUAUGAUGAAUUUAUUAGGUAACAUACCUAAUGUACAAAUAUUUUUAGACGAUGUUAUUAUCGGGGGCAAAACUCAAUCGGAACAUCUACAAGCCUUAGAAGCGGUUUUCCAACGUCUCCUUAAUAACGGAUUGAAAUUGAGGAAAAAUAAAUGCGUUUUUUUGGCUAAGGAAGUAACUUACUUAGGGUAUGUCGUUUCUAGGGAGGGCAUCAAACCAGAUACAACAAAGAUAAAAGCGAUUUUGCAAAUGCCACAACCCCGUAACGUAUCAGAGCUAAGGUCGUUUUUAGGGACAGUAAAUUUUUUCGGUAGGUUUAUUAAAAAUCUCAGUUUAAUAUUGUCACCUCUUUAUAAACUAUUAAAAAAGGAGGCGGAAUGGCACUGGAGCAAGGAGUGCGGAGAAUCUUUCGUGCAAGUAAAACGACUGUUGUCAGGCGCUAACGUAUUAAGGCAUUACGAUCCAAGUAAACGUUUGAUAGCAACUUGUGAUGCGUCACCCCGGGGGGUGGGGGCGGUUUUGACCCAAAUUGGACCGGACGGCGGCGAACGCCCGGUCGCGUACGCAUCUCGUACCUUAAACAGCGCGGAGGCGAAUUAUUCGCAGAUACACCGUGAAGCUUUAGGUAUUAUUUUUUGUGUCAAGAAAUUUCACCAGUACCUUUACGGACGUCAUUUCACAUUGCGCACAGAUCAUAAACCACUAGUAUCAAUAUUUGGACCGAAUACGGGUAUACCGACAAUGACAGCUAGCAGGAUGCAGCGGUGGGCAAUCAUAUUAUCAGCUUAUGAUUAUGAAAUUGAAUAUGUGAAUACGAAGGAUAACUGCGCGGACGGGUUGUCUAGAUUACCUAACGCUAAUGAGACACGGAAUAAUUCAUGUGAUUCCAUUCCCGAGCAAACGUAUCUGCAUUUCGCACAAGACGCGAUGUUAUUAGAUUAUAAUAAGAUUAAGUACUACACUAUGCGCGAUCCUGUUUUAGCUAGAGUAUUAACUUUUGUUCGCGAUGGUUGGCCGGAUAAUUGUGAAUUUGAUAAGUUGAAGCCAUAUUUCAACAGAAAGUCAGAAUUAUAUGACGAGCUGGGUUGUGUUAUGUGGGGGCACCGGGUAGUAAUACCGGAGAGGUGCCGCGAUAAAGUUUUGAAAAUUCUACAUGAACCUCAUAUGGGUAUAGUCAAGACCAAGGCGCUGGCCCGUAGUUAUGUGUGGUGGCCGGGCCUCGACGAGACGGUGGAGGCGGCGUGCCGCGAGUGCGAGCCGUGCGCCGCGGUGGCUAGCGCCCCGCCGCGGCACGUGCCGCGCUGCUGGCCAUGGCCAACGCGAGCAUGGACUCGGGUACAUGUAGAUUUCUUGGGGCCUUUUCACGGAAAAAUUUAUUUAAUACUAGUCGAUGCUAUGUCGAAAUGGGUCGAAGUAUUCCAAGUUCCCAGCACGGCCGCCGUAUCAACCAUCGAAAAAUUAACCGAAGUAUGGGCUAGAUGGGGAAUACCUAAACAAUUGAUAAGUGAUAACGGCCCGCCGUUUUCGAGCAAAGAAUUUUCAAACUUUUUAGCCAUGGACGGGGUAGAACAUAUUUUUACGGCUCCGUAUCACCCGGCGUCGAACGGAGCCGCGGAAAAUUCGGUGAAAGUAAUAAAGCAAGUUAUUAAAAAAGCAGUUUUAGAAAAAAAACGACGUACUAAACGCUAUUAACACGUAUUUGAUUUAUUAUCGCAAUACGGCGAACAGUUCCACAGGCGAGAGCCCCGCAAUGCUCAUGACAGGUAGGCAAUUGCGAACGCGUUUAGAUUUGCUAAAACCGGAUGUAAGUAUGAAUGUAACUAAAAAUCAGCAGCGGCAAACUCGCUUGGCCGGAGGGUCGGAACGGAAGAUUGAUGUGGGUGAGGACGUUUGGUUUCGAAAAUAUCUGAAAGGAGAGAAAUGGCAACCGGGUAAGGUGUCAGGGGUUUUAGGUGAUACGGAUUAUAACAUAACUGAUCGUCAGGGUAAUAUUAUUCACCGCCACAUCGACCAAUUAAAACGGAGAGCGAGGAGUUCUAUAGUCUGUCCAAGGGGUAGCGAGGAAAGUAAUGAAACCGUGGCCACGACCCCAUCCCCAAAAAUGCCACAGGUACCCAGGGAUGAGCCUACAACGCCGCAAGCAAGUACCAGUGGGCUCAGGAGCGCGACGGGUGCCUCGACGCCGAUGUUCGAUGCUUCGCCGGCGCGAAGUAUGGCGGAAGGGGAGGAAGAAGGCAUAGAAUGCUUCUCCACGCCCGGUAAGGAUAUGGGGAGUGGUGAGGAGCUAGUGGAUCAGUCGACGACCCCCCUUGCACCGGCCCGGUCGCGGCCCUUUAGACAAUGUAGAUUGAAAAAGCCAUCAUAUAAAGUAUAGGCACGAGUAAAUAGGCACUUAAGUCAAUUAGGUUAAUUAAAUAUAUUCUUAUUGCUGGAUUGUGAAGCAUUUCCUUAUAGUGUUACAUUAAGCAGAUUUAAACUGAGUAUCGUGAUCUAAGUUAGCUCAAGCUACGUUACAUAUGUAAUAUCCUAGUAGGGGGUAAUUUUUUAAUAUAAAUAAAAUAAAAUACAAGAUAACUCACUGAUAUAGUAUUUAUUGUUAAUGUUAUGUCUACGAAUAAUUACACCAUUAUGAAUCGUAUUCCUUGAUUAGAAGAUUCAUGAUUAUAAUUCAUAGCGGUGGAUUAUUAUUGGAUGAACGGGGUCUCCCGGUAACAAUGUAUACUUAUUGUUAUGUAAAUUGCAGAAUGCAUCUACCUGAUUAGUGAUUAACAACCCAUGUUUUCCUUAUUGUAAGUUAAAUAGGAUUUGAGUUAAUAUGGUACAUACCUAUUUGUAAUACUACUAGUAUUAAUUAAGUGUGGAGAAGUGUGAUGUACCUAUGUCGGUAGAUACAUAUAUAUUGUUUUACAUGUGUCACGUACGUCAGUCCGGAAUAAAUCCUCGAACAAGUA